CUGUGCUGCUCGGCCCUCACCGGGCCCACCUCCAGCAGCUUCUCCUUAACGACCUUCCCGGCGCUGGUGCCUUUCCUAAUCCCUGCCCAUCUCCUUAUCCUGAACAUUAUUUUCGUUUCCGGUGUUUUAGUGUGCUUUGUCCCCAGGCGGGCUGCAAACCGUAGCUUCCAUCUGCUUAGCAUGAGGCAGCCGGCGUGGAAGUACGGCACAUGGGGCCUCAAGGGCUUGUUUUUAGCCUAAAGAUAAAUUCUGUGUGUUGCCCGAGGUGCGCUAAAGGGAAAUUUCCUGGUGUGGAGACAUUAGGCGGUUGCCUGAGCUUCAGGAAAAAUGAGAAAUCUUCCAUUUGGGGCCUUUAAAAGGGGACAAGUGGAGAAAAAGAAAAAAAAUCUGUGGAAAGUUCUGGCUUGCUGGGAGUGGUGGGGUUUCCUGCUGGUAAGAGCUGUAACUUUUGUAAUGCAGGGGGCUCAUUUGGUGCUCUCCACACAGGACACGUGUCCCUGUGCUGUGUUGGUUUAUAAAUGAACUGUUAAACAGCACACCUCCAGUGUCUGAUAUCCUGGGAGAGGGGAGGAGGCCUCAGAAAACUCAGUUUUGGAAUCAGUUUUAGAGGUUCCCCGAGGUGUGUUCCAGGAGGAGCUGGAGCAGUGCAUUUCGCAACUGGAGGCAGAUACCCACCUCACCCCACAUCCCGAACUAGGUAUGUUCUUCUUUCCCAGCCCACAACACUUGUAUUCUGGCCUUCGGUGUGAUUCAGCAGAUCAGAGUGUUUUUCUGUUUCUUCUCUCCUUUGUGUUCCCUGUUCUUGUGUUAUUUGGGAUUUGUUCUAAACAUAAAACAACAUAAAGCAUUGGGCUUUAAGGACUGUGCUUCUGGAAGCAGUUUUAUCUUUCAUUGAUUUAGUGUUUGUUCUCCCUGUUUUCUGUGUUCUUUGUCAUGUUUUCUUUUUUCCAUGUAAUGGCUUGUAUGGUUCUGCUACAGCUCUGCCAUUGUUUUCCAUCUUAAGGAAAUAUUGUGCCAAUGCAUCUGGCCCUUAAACACCAGUAGGUUUAUUUUUGUGAAGCUUGUUCCAGGGAAAAAUUCUGUAAGGACAUAGUUUGAUCUUGUCAGUCCAAUUUGUAGAGCUGCAGACAUACAUCCUGCUGCUGGUCAGUACCUAACCUUGGGAGAGGGCUGUGAACCCUCUGUAAGAUGCUCAGGUGAGUGUUUGCUGGUGCACCUGAGGAUGGAGCAGUGACUCUUGUGGAACUGGCCUGGAUUGCAGCUGGCCAAACCCUUUGAAAUAAGGGUACAUGUGCUCAGGACCCUGACACUGUGAAGGUACAUCCCAUGUCUGUCCUGCCGUGGUCAGGGGUGCAUUGGGCCCGCAUCACUGGCUGAGACAAGGAGGGGAUUGUCCCACUCUGCUCUGCCCUGCCCUGGGGUAGCCUCAUCUCAAGUGCUGGAGGCACUUUGGUGCACUACAAUAUCAGAAGGAUCUAAAAAUGUUAGAGUGUCCAAAGGGAUGGACACGAGGAUGGGGAAGGGUCUCAAGGGGAAGCCAUAGGAGCAGCAGCUGAGGGCACUUGGUUUGUUCAGCUGAGGAGAUGGAGCACAGAGCUCACCUGGGCUACAGCUCCUCCUGAGGGGCAGCUCCAAUCCCUGCUCCCUGUGACCAGGGGCAGGAUCUGAGGAAAUGGCUGGAGCUAUGUUAGGGGGUGAUUAUUAAAGGCUGGAUGUUAGGGAAAGGUUCUUUCCCCAGAGGGUGGUCGGGCACUGCAGCCAGGAGAGGUGGGAUGUUCCCAUUCACAGUACUACUCUCAAGUUGUUCUGUGGCUUAAGAUAAGUGAGAUAAAAACUACAAGACUAUUAUUUAGGAUUUCCAAAUGGCAAUCUUGGGGACCACUGUCACAGAACAACUCUGGUUUUUUUAGAGAAUUUGUUCUAACACAAAAACUUUUGAUUCCUGUUGUGGUCAGGCUGGUUUGUAAGAGAGUCAAGCAAGAGUCCUGCUUUUCAGGGUAUGCUCUCUGUUCAGAUUUUUUUCCAGUUUUCCAGAGAAGAGACACUGAGCUAGGUUCUGGGAUUAGUCUUCACCUUGAGGGAAAGACUGCUAAGCCCUCUGCAGCUUCUGUGCCAUUAGCAAUGCACUUACUGCAGUGUAAGAGUCCAACUGUAUGUAGUAAGCAGUUAAAGUUUUUUUUCCCUCUGUAGGAACAUCUCACCGUAUUUGAGCUUCUAGAAGCACUUGGAGUUCCCUUUCCCUUUCAAUUGAAUGCUAUUUAUGGAUUAGUCAGAGGUGGUAUGAACACAGAGCACAUUCAGAGAAGAGUCAGUCAUCAGCAUCCCUCGAUGUGGAUUUUAAGGCCCACCAUAAACUGUUUCUUGUCUUUCUUGGUGUUUUCUGAGUGCAACAGAAGAGACCAACGACAUUUGCAAGGUCCUGUGCUCCCUUGAGAGUCCUAUUGCAGAGAAGCAAAAAGUGAAGAGCAAUGUGUUUGGGGAUUGUCAUCUCAAGAUGGAUGAGGGUCAGAAGAGUGUGGAGAAGGGUGAGCUUGAGCUGUCCCUGAGGGGAUGGCAUGAGGCCUGAUACUGUGGAAGUACAGCCAAGCAAGGGGCAGGCUGUAGAUGCUGUAAAACAGUCUGACCCAACCCCUGAGGCAAAGCCAGAAUUGUUCACAUCAUCUCGCAGCAACUUCCGAUUUGAUUUUACAAUUUCUGAGACUGACUCUGGUGACAGUGGUGCUGAACAGGUACAAAACAAUGUCAGAGCCAUCAAGCAGGAGAAUUGGAAUGGAGCCUUGAAGUUUGCUGCCUCUGGACAAGAACCCAAGUUUGCUUUCAACUUUUCUAUCCCAGAUGAAGACUGUCCUCAUCUUCAGUUACUUCCAGUGAGCCAAUAUACAGAGCACACAGCAGAUCCUUCACUGCCUGCUGAAUCAGCAGCUCUGCCACAGGCUGCAGCCUUGCAGAAACCUGAGGUGACUCAAGUGACAGGGAGUGUACCCAAAGAAGAUAGAAGCCAUGUCACUUCAAAGAUCCCCCAAACAGAGACAAUCCCUGUAGAUGAGGCAGGGACAGAGAAAUCAACAGGUGGAGCUGCCCAGAAGAAGAAAAAGAAGAAACAAAAACUGCCUGUCAGUAAAAACAAAACAGAAGAAAUUGAGACCAGCAGGAUGGCAAAAGCAGAAGCUAACAGCUGUCAAAAUACAGAUACUUCCCAUCAGGAUGAGAAAACCUUUCAGCAGUUAGAUGAGCAGCUGCGGAAGGAGGUGGACUGGUGUGUGAACCAGCUGGAACUCGGCUUGAAGACACAGAAACCCACUCCAAAGCAGGCUGAGGAGGCUCUCAGGGCAAUCAGGACACUGCGCAGCGACAAGGCUCCACUGGUGAAGAAGCGUCAGCUCAUGAGAGCCAUGUUUGGAGACUACAGGAAGAAGAUGCAGGAAGAGCUGUGCAGAGAGCUGAAGCUUAUGGAAACAGCUGCAAAAUCUGCCAGGAUCGUGGAGUUGAAGGGAAGCAUCCGCAAGAAGAAUGGCCAGUUCAUCCGGAAGUGCUUGGGAGCUUGCAGGAAAAGCCAAGGUUCAGCAGAAUCCCAUUCAGAGUCACACAGGACACUUAACACAGGCUUAUUCAAUUUCACAACUCCCCAAGAAUUUUGCUUUAAUUUCUUCUAGAAAAGUCACUUUGACUAAAACAGUGCCAGAUCUCCUGUAAACUGAAGAAUGGUGGAAUGGUGCUGUGCAGUAGAAAAUGUCAUGCAUGAAUCUCUGGUCCUCUUCUAGGGUGCCUUACCUAGAAGUUUAAACCAGAUCUGCCUACUGUGCAUAUGACUCCAAAACUCAGCCUACAUAAGUGCUCCUCUGUGCUAACACUGGAGAGAGGCACCUGUGGAAGGGUCUGCUUUCUUUCCUGUAGAAUUGACAUUAACUGUAGAAUCUGUCAUUUAUACCAUGAGAUUUUCCCUUUCUCCUGUUGCUUUUAAAUAGAGCACAGUCUUUCUAGCAGCUGAGGCAACAAUGCAUACAACAGGCAAUUGUUUGGAAUUGAGAUUCAGCAGUGGAUAGCUGGGUGCUUCCGUAUCCUGAGUCUGUGUGAAUACAGCUUCUGGCACCCAGCAAACACCAGCAGUGUUUGACAUGGGAGGAGCACGAGCUCAGGGUCUUUGGGGGAAAGUGAGUGAGAACCAUUUUUGCUCAUUCACCUCUUUCACUGACAGGUGAAUAAAGCUGCACAUCAUGGUUUAAUCCAUCCUAGGGAUAUAAGGACAGUUGUUCCCAGGAAAACAAAGAAAAUUUUUGUUGCUGAAGCCAGGUUCUGGACAGCUAGGAAGGAUGUGCAAUCAACUCUUAAAUAAAGUUUAUUUUAUAAGUAGCUCAGUUACUGCCACAGUGCCUCAGAGGGAAAAUAAGCUGCAUGCCAGCCUUGGGUGGUCGUAAAAUCAACUGUCACAGCCCAAAGACUCUCUUCCAUUUGAUUUUUAUUAAAUUUUGGCUAUGUGAAUAUGUCUCUAGUCAAUACUGCUUGAGUCACUGAACCCAUCUCUUAAGUUCAUGCAGAAAAUCUUCCCACCAAGCCUAGAAAAUUCUGAAGGAAGUACUGUGAAAGGCUACAUGGUAUCAGGUGUCCCUAGGGAGCGAUGCUUUCCUCCCUUUUAUAGUCCAGUCACCCUGUGUGGAAGGUGAGAAACGGGAGUGUAGGCAGAUUCCAGGGAGUGCUUAGAGCAGCUGAAAGAUGGUGAAAAACAUUGGCUGUGAAAGACUAAAAACCUGAUUGUAGCUCUAAAAAAUUUAUUUUAUUACUAAGCUCUGAUGCAGGCAGUUGCAUCUGCGAGACUUUGGGGUUUUUUUUAUUUUAAUUUUUAAAAAGAAUAUUUUAAAGAAUUCAUGUCUGGGCAUAAGGAGAAACUGAACCUGGGUAACAUAUAUGAUGAGAAACAUCAUAUAAGGAGAAAUAAAUUUGUCUUUUGGAAGUCUGUAGGUGAAAACUGGAAAUCAAGGUGUACACAGUUUAUUUGCCAAGCAACACAGCUGUUACUUUGAAUGUAUAGAACAAUCUUAGACAGUAUUUUUGGUUUUUUUCAUUUCCAGGAUUUUACAUUAAACAUACAAAAGCUAUAUCCUUGUCACACUUUUUGUGUUUUCAUGCCAUUUACUGAGAUUCAAGAGCAUCGUCUACAUGACCUUGGAACUACCUUGACCUUGGAAGCUGUUUGCUUCCCUGGCUGAUUAUGCAGGAGAUGUCUGGGAAAUACUUAUUUUUUUCCUUGUCAUAUCUCAGGUAAAGCUAGUGCUGCUAAAAUACUAUAAAAUCCUUGCUGCAGAAGGCUGCAGAAGUAUUUUGGAAAGCAUUCUUACAUAAUGUUCAUGCUGUUAAUUAGGCAUUCACAAUUAGACUAAAGAUACCAGUGAGGUGGAUGUUUGGUGUAACCUGAUCCAGCAGUUAUCUUCAAAGGGGUCAGAGAAAACUCUAUUCUAAUAUGAGAACAACUCCUGUGGUUUUCUAGAGGUCUGAAUAAUGCUGACCUGAAAAGCCAGUUGCUUUUUCUGUACUUCAUUACUGGAGGACUUAUAUAUGUGUGUGUGGGAAGGCAGAUGUUCAUCAGUGUGAUACCUUGUGUCCUUGAGUGUCAUGUUGGAUCAGUUCCACGAGUCAGCCAUGGGAUCUUAGACAAAGCAUUUUGCCUUUUUCCUAUCUACUCCCUGUUUUUAUAGUUAAGGUGAUGCCUCCUGAGUUUUUGACAGAUGUGCCCAAAUUAUUUCAUUAGUGAUUGUAUCGUGAAGAAGUGUCUGAAACUACGCAGUCUGUACUUUACUUUUAAGCUUUGCUGUAUUAUGUGUGUUUGAAAGGAAACAAGUAAUAGUAUUAGAAGUUAGGAAAUGCCAUGGCUGCUCCAUCCAUCCUUUCCCCUUUAGAGAGACCACAGUGCAAUCUUAAGGAUGUUUUUUAAAUACUGUGUUUUCCUCUUUUAGCAUUUCUUUAUUCUGGACUUCAGUGCUGUUCAGGGUUUCAGUGAUGUCUCUUAGUACAGUGGUGUCAGAUUUGGGUCAGGACUUUGCUCUACUAGUGACUGUAGUCUUGGUCUAUGCCCCAAGGCAUUAAUGAUGUACAGCAGUGAGGGAGAAGGGAGUUAUUCUGAUUUACCUGGACAUCCCUGAUCCACUGCUCUUGCUUUUUUGGAAAUGUAUCUCAGUUUUAAUAAAAAGUUAAGCUCAAUUCUGA